UGGCACAGCCUAACCCUGAGCGGCGAAGGCACUGCGGGGAACUCAGGGGGACCUUGUGCCGUGCGUCCCUAUCGCCGCUGGGGUUUCUGUUUUAUUUUGCUGAAGGGGAAAGGGGGGAACCAAAGCCAACAUGGUGCCCCCACGUCCUCUGUUCCCCUUUUCCCCCUUCCACCUUCUGUCAUCUUCAUAGGAAGCGGCUUUCUGUCACCCUGCCCAAGGAUUUUUAUCUCCUCAGGCUCCAGGUAACCAAGAUGGAUUACAGCUCAUUCAGUGGAGUCCCCCGCUUCCUGACCCGGCCGAAGGCAUUUAUAGUGUCCGUGGGGAAGGAUGCCACACUGAGCUGCCAAAUCAUUGGAAACCCCAUCCCAGUUGUGAGCUGGGAAAAGGACAAACUUCCCAUCCGGUCUGGGGGAAGGUUUAAAACCACAGAAGAUGGGGACCUCUAUCAGCUGACAAUCUAUGAUCUGAGCCUGGAGGACAGCGGCCAAUACAUCUGCCGUGCCAAGAACACCAUCGGGGAAGCUUUCGCAGCUGUUAGCAUCAAAGUCGGAGAGGAGACCACGGUCACGGAGUCGGCCCCAUAUUUCAUCCAGAAACCUUCCUCCAUCAAAGUAACUUUGGGAGAGGAUGCCAUGUUCAAAUGCAGAGUCCAAGGCAGCCCUCCCCUCUCUGUGAACUGGGAGAAAGAUGGCAGACACCUGAGGAACCGGGCUGACGCUGGCCGCUUCCAGAUAGAGUCAGCUGGGGAGUCCAAUGCUCUCACCAUUCAGUGUGCCCGGCUGGGGGACAGUGGCACAUACACAUGUCGGGCUGAGAAUCCCAUCGGCUCUGCCAGCGCUUCCGCAGCGCUGGUUGUGGAAUCGCAGGGCUCUUCCAACCCGGGCAGCCAUUUCGAUACCAGCUGUGGCAAAACCUCCUCUUUGUUGUCUCACCUGCAAAAGAGGCGGGAGGAGAUCAGGAAGAUGGACGUUUCCUACGGGGCUCUCGAUGCCACAUCGGCCCAGUCUUACUCCAAAACAGAAGGGAUGUCUGGCAUCGGUUACAGCCUCUCCCGGGAUUACGAGCGGGCAGCCGGGCUCACCACCAAAGGCGCUCGCAAUGCCAUGUUUGGGACGCUGACGCGCACCUGCAGUGUGACGGAAGGGAAGCACGCCAAGCUGAGCUGCUACGUGACUGGGGAGCCUAAGCCGGAGAUCGUGUGGAAGAAGGACAACGAGGUCAUUGUGGAAGGGCGGAGGCAUGUCAUCUAUGAGGAUGAUCAGGAGAACUUUGUGCUGAAGAUCCUCUACUGCAAGCAAGUGGACAAUGGGCUGUACACCUGCACGGCCUCCAACCUGGCAGGGCAGACCUACAGCUCUGUGUUGGUCACUGUCAAAGAACCACCAAUACCCUUCAAGGAAAAACUGAAGGAUCUUGAAGUCUGGGAGAAGGAAUCUGCCACCUUCCAGUGUGAAGUGCCUGUUCCCAGUACGGAGACAUCUUGGUUCAAGGAGGAAACCAAACUCCGGCAGAGCAAGAAAUACAACAUAGAAGAAGAGGGCACGUAUCGCCGGCUCACGGUCCAGGAUGUCACUGCAGAUGAUGAUGCUGUCUAUAUCUGUGAGAUGAAAGAAGGGAGCAGGACCAUUGCAGAAUUGUCUGUCCAAGGGAACAUCAUUAAAAAACUUCCACGAAAGACUGCAGUUUCAAUUAACGACACAGCCAUUUUCUGUGUGGAGCUGGACAAUGAGUGCCAGAACAUCCGCUGGCUGAAAAACGCAGAAGAGGUGAAACCCAGCGAUCGAAUCUCCAUCACGCGCUCUGGCAAACAGCACACCAUGAUCAUCCGAGAGUGCACGAUGGAAGACGCCGGUGAGAUCGUCUUCCUGGCUGAUGAAAGCAGGACUUCUACCCAAUUCACUGUGACCAUUCCCAGAAAGCCUCCCACUCAGCCCCCAGUUGACCCCGUGGUGAAAAAUAAAACAGAAACCUCAGUGACGCUGGCAUGGUCCCCUCCGAAGAUGCACCGCCCCAUUCCAAUCGAUGGCUACGUUGUGGAACGCAAGAAACUGACGGGCUUUACCUGGGUGAGGUGCCACGAGUCUCACGUCCCUGUCCCAGAGUUCACGGUGAGCAAUCUGUCCGAAGAGGCUGAUUAUCAGUUCCGAGUGUCUGCAGUCAAUGCGCAUGGACAGAGCCCGUAUCUGGAAUUCCCAGGGAGCAUGCACCUUGAACCAGUCCUGGCUGUGAAAUCUCCCCUAACAACUGGUGAAGCUGUAUCUGGAGGGGAUGCCAUGUUUACUAUUGACCUUACGACAACAUGUUCUGGAACUUGGUACCUCAAUGGCAAAGUCUUACAGGAAAGUGAAACCUGUAUCAUCAAGAGAACCCAAACUACUCACAGUCUAAUCAUAAAGAACGUCACCAAGAGCGAUGAUGGAGCAGAAGUGAAAUUUGUUGCCAAAAAUGUUGAUGUCAGCACCAAGAUGAGAGUGAGAGGUGCUGCAGUGAGAUUUACCAAUAAGAGCAAAGAUGUAGAAAAGAUCUCUGCUCGGUUGCGUGAGGAAGCCAAACUUCAGGCUGAGCUUUCAGACACAGACGCUACUGUGAAGUGGAUGAAGGAUGGGAAGGAGCUCAAAGCCAAUGAAAAACAUGAGCUGCAGAUUGUGGGGAAGAAACGCGUCCUGAAAAUUCACAACGUCGCAAUGGAGGAUGCUGGAACUUAUCAGUGCAUCUGUGAGGGGGAUAAAAUGCUCUAUCAGCUUUCAGUGAAAGCACUGGCAAACUUCAUAAACAAAGAGAAAACUGGAGGAGUUAUCAGGGCUGUUGCUGGAAAACAAGCUGAAUUUGUUUCUGAGACCUCAGAAGCCAAUGUCAUGGUUAAGUGGUACAAAAAUGGCAAAGAAAUCACAGCCAGUAAGAAAUUCACAAUGGAAGAUAAAGGAAAACUGCAUAAGCUGGUGGCUUCGGCUGUGACAAAAGAAGAUGAGGGAACAUACAUCUGCAAAAUCGGAGAUGACACUCUGAGUUUUGAUUUGAAAGUCUCAGAUGAAGCUGUUAAUUUUGUCAACAAGCCCAAAACAACCCCAGUAAUAUCAGUCAGUCCUUCUGAAGACCUGGAGCUGGUGUGUGAGGUGUCAGCUGCAAGCGGAGCUGUCGUAUGGAAGAAGGAUCAGACAGAGGUAAAGCAGGACCAGAGGACAACCAUCAUUUCCCAAGGGACACACCGCAAGCUCAUCGUCAAAAACGUGACCCUGAAAGACCAAGGGAGCUACAGCUGUGAAACAAAGGAUGACAAAGCAACAUUCCAAGUCAAAGUCAGAGAAAAAGAAGACGUGUUUACAAACAAGGAGAAGGUGCAGAAGGAGGUGAAGGCUGCACCAACAGAAAAUGCCACGCUGAGCUGCGAGGUGGCCCAGGACAAGACUGAGGUGAAGUGGUACAAGGAGGGGAAACUGCUCACCUCGAGCAAGAAGUUCAGGGUGGAGUCUGAGGGCAAAUUGCGUCGGCUGGUGGUGAGCCAGGUGGAGAAGAAAGAUGCAGGGGAGUACAGCUGUGAGGCUGCUGGCCAGAAACUGACCUUCAAGAUCCAUGUCACAGAAGCAGAGGAUGCUUUUAUCAACAAGGAGAAGGUGCAGAAGGAGGUGAAGGCUGUACUGACUCAAAAUGCCAUGCUGAGCUGCGAGGUGGCCCAGGACAAGACUGAGGUGAAGUGGUACAAGGAGGGGAAACUGCUCACCUCGAGCAAGAAGUUCAGGGUGGAGUCUGAGGGCAAAUUGCGUCGGCUGGUGGUGAGCCAGGUGGAGAAGAAAGAUGCAGGGGAGUACAGCUGUGAGGCUGCUGGCCAGAAACUGACCUUCAAGAUCCAUGUUAUUGAAGCAGAGGAUGCUUUUAUCAACAAGGAGAAGGUGCAGAAGGAGGUGAAGGCUGCACCAACAGAAAAUGCCACGCUGAGCUGCGAGGUGGCCCAGGACAAGACUGAGGUGAAGUGGUACAAGGAGGGGAAACUGCUCACCUCGAGCAAGAAGUUCAGGGUGGAGUCUGAGGGCAAAUUGCGUCGGCUGGUGGUGAGCCAGGUGGAGAAGAAAGAUGCAGGGGAGUACAGCUGUGAGGCUGCUGGCCAGAAACUGACCUUCAAGAUCCAUGUCACAGAAGCAGAGGAUGCUUUUAUCAACAAGGAGAAGGUGCAGAAGGAGGUGAAGGCUGUACUGACUCAAAAUGCCACGCUGAGCUGCGAGGUGGCCCAGGACAAGACUGAGGUGAAGUGGUACAAGGAGGGGAAACUGCUCACCUCGAGCAAGAAGUUCAGGGUGGAGUCUGAGGGCAAAUUGCGUCGGCUGGUGGUGAGCCAGGUGGAGAAGAAAGAUGCAGGGGAGUACAGCUGUGAGGCUGCUGGCCAGAAACUGACCUUCAAGAUCCAUGUCACAGAAGCAGAGGAUGCUUUUAUCAACAAGGAGAAGGUGCAGAAGGAGGUGAAGGCUGCACCAACAGAAAAUGCCACGCUGAGCUGCGAGGUGGCCCAGGACAAGACUGAGGUGAAGUGGUACAAGGAGGGGAAACUGCUCACCUCGAGCAAGAAGUUCAGGGUGGAGUCUGAGGGCAAAUUGCGUCGGCUGGUGGUGAGCCAGGUGGAGAAGAAAGAUGCAGGGGAGUACAGCUGUGAGGCUGCUGGCCAGAAACUGACCUUCAAGAUCCACGUCACAGAGCCAGAAGUUGUAUUUACAAACAAGGAGAAGGUGCAGAAGGAGGUGAAGGCUGCACCAACAGAAAAUGCCACGCUGAGCUGCGAGGUGGCCCAGGACAAGACUGAGGUGAAGUGGUACAAGGAGGGGAAACUGCUCACCUCGAGCAAGAAGUUCAGGGUGGAGUCUGAGGGCAAAUUGCGUCGGCUGGUGGUGAGCCAGGUGGAGAAGAAAGAUGCAGGGGAGUACAGCUGUGAGGCUGCUGGCCAGAAACUGACCUUCAAGAUCCACGUCACAGAGCCAGAAGUUGUAUUUACAAACAAGGAGAAGGUGCAGAAGGAGGUGAAGGCUGCACCAACAGAAAAUGCCACGCUGAGCUGCGAGGUGGCCCAGGACAAGACUGAGGUGAAGUGGUACAAGGAGGGGAAACUGCUCACCUCGAGCAAGAAGUUCAGGGUGGAGUCUGAGGGCAAAUUGCGUCGGCUGGUGGUGAGCCAGGUGGAGAAGAAAGAUGCAGGGGAGUACAGCUGUGAGGCUGCUGGCCAGAAACUGACCUUCAAGAUCCAUGUCACAGAGCCAAAACCUGCGUUUAUAAACCAGGAGAAGGUGCAGAAGGAGGUGAGUGCUGCCCUGGCAGAAAGUGCCGCCCUCAGCUGUGAAGUAGCACAGGAUACAACCGAAGUAAAAUGGUACAAGGAUGGAAGACUGCUUGCCUCCUCUAGAAAGUUCAAAAUGGAAACUGUGGGCAAAACCCGGCGUCUGGUUGUGGAGCAGGUGGAGAAGAAAGAUGCUGGAGAAUACGUCUGUGAGGCUGCUGGCCAGAAGCUGACCUUCAAGCUGGAAGCAACUGAACCAGAGGCUAAAUUUGGAAAGGAAUUUGUCCAGAAGGAACCUCUCGUUGUACAAGAACAUGAAAGCAUCACCCUGACCACUUCAGUAACACCAGAAACAGCUGUAGUGAAGUGGUACAAAGAUGGAAGAGAAAUCAAGGCGAGCAAGAAGUAUGAGAUCAAGAGUGAUGGGGCAUCCAGGACCCUGACAGUGAACCUGGCAGAGAGCACAGACACUGCUGUGUAUGCUUGCCAAACAAAGAAUGACAAGCAGGAAUUCAAAGUAGAAGUGAAAGAAAUCCCAGUGAAGAUCACCAAGCAGCUCGAAGCCGUUAAGGCUGAGAUUGGAGGCAGUGUCACUUUGAGCUGCGAAGUGAGCCAUGCCAAAGGCAAGGUGGUGUGGCGCAGGAAUGCAGUUGAGAUCAAACCCAGCAAACGUUUCCAGAUUCACGAGGAAGGGGUCAAACGAACCCUGACAAUAACAGGGAUCCGGGCUGAGGAUGAGGGAGAGUACUUCUGUGAGUCCAGAGAUGACAAGAGCAGCAUUACCAUCUCCCCCAAAGCUCCCAGAGUGGUGAAAUUUGUUACGAGUCUCAACAACGUGGCUUCUGAAGAAGGAAAAGAGGCUGUGUUCAAGUGCACUGUUACUCCCAGUGAUGCUGUGGUCACCUGGUUCAGGAAUGGUGUCAAGAUUGAAGCCAGCAAGAAAUAUGUGAUCUCACAGGAGGACACCAACCACAGCCUCACCAUCACUGAUCUGACACUGGAAGAUGCAGCUGAAAUCUCUGCCAAUGCUGAGGGCGUAGAAAGCACAGCCAACCUCAGAGUCCGGGAGGCCUCAAUCUCAUUCAAGAAGAAACUGGAGCCUAAAACUGUUGAAGAGAGAGACACAGUGACCCUGGAGGUAGAGCUGACCAAGCCUGGAGAAGUCAAGUGGAUGAGGAACAGCAUUGUAUUGAAGCCAAGUGAAAAAAUACAGAUCAAAGCUGAGGGAACAAAGCAUAUCUUGAUAGUUAAGGACAUCUCCUUUGCAGACAGGGGCUUUUACUGCUGUGAGAGUCCUGAUGACAAGACCCAAGCCAAGAUCAAUGUGGAAAUGAGGCAGAUCAAGCUGGUGAAAGGUCUGCAGCCCCUCGAAGUCUCUGAGAAGGGCACUGUCACCUUUUCUGUGGAGGUGUCCCACGAGGAUGUGGAAGGGACUUGGCAGAAGGAUGGCGUGAGGCUGAAGCCUGCACCAAAUGUCACGAUGGGCAUCCAGGGGAAGAAACAUUCACUGACACUUUCUUCUGUGACUCUUGAAGAUGCAGGACUCAUCUCCUUUAAAGCAGAGGGCAUUCAUUCAUCGGGGAGGCUCACUGUGAUAGAAUUGCCUGUGAAAAUCAGCAAACCGUUGGCAGAUAUUAGUGUCACCCAGAAGGACAAGGUCACAUUUGAGUGUGAGCUGUCCAGGCCCAAUGUGGAUGUCAAGUGGUUCAAGGAUGGGAAGGAACUCCAGCAAAGUAAAAAAGUGGGCAUUACUUCCCAGGGAAAUAAGAGAAGUCUCAUUAUCCACAAGUGUGAAUAUGAAGACCAGGGAACCUACACGUGCCAAGCAGCUGAAGACAAGACAUCAGCUACACUGAAGGUUCAUGCUCGAGAUAUCAAGAUUGUUAAACCACUGGAAGAUGUGGAAGUGAAUGAAUAUGAGAGUGCAUCUUUCGUCUGUGAGAUUUCACACGAUGAGGUUCAAACCCAGUGGUACAAAGAUGACAACAAGCUGAAGGCUGACGACAACAUUAGAAUGCGUCAAGAGGGAAAGACCUACUCGCUGACUUACACACGUGUCCAAGUCAAAGAUGCAGCAGAAAUCAAAUUUGUAGCAGAAAAGGCAGAAUCUCGUGCCCGUCUUACAGUUAAAGAGCUGCCUGUGAAAAUUGUGAAGCCUCUGCGAGAUAAGAUUGCACUUGAAAAGCAUCGGGGAUUCCUGGAGUGCCAGGUGUCUCGUGCCAAUGCUGAAGUGAAGUGGUACAAAAAGGAUGUUGAAAUCCAUCCUAGUGACAAAUAUGAAAUUGUGAGCGAUGGCGUGUAUCGGAAACUCAUCAUCAACGAUGCAGACUAUGAAGAUGAGGACACAUACACUUGUGAUGCCUUUGAUGACAAAAGCAGUGCUCAUUUCUUUGUUGAAGAGCAAUCCAUUAAUAUAGUAAAGGAGCUGUGUGAUGAGGAUGUGACCGAGCCUGAGGAAGCCAAAUUUGAGUGCGAGAUUUCCAUUCCUUCUGUGAAACCUCCCAAGUGGUGUCUACGUGGAGAAGCCUUACAGCCUGGCAGAAACAUUAUCAUGCAGCAAGAGGGCACCAUCCACCGACUGACCAUACUGAAAACCACCACCGACAUGACAGGCACCAUUCAGUUCUCAAUUGGCAAAUCAAAAUCCACAGCCAAUCUGCUUGUCAGAGAUUACCAUAUACAGAUCACCAGGAAGUUGGAGGAUAAAACAGCUUUGGAACGUCAUUCUGUCAUCCUGUCCUGUGACUUCAAGCCUUCUCCAAAGGUUGUGAAAUGGUUCAAGGGCCACACACCCAUCGAGCCCUCUGACAAGUACAAGAUCAAGAGGGAUAAGCAUUCAGCAGAGCUCAAGAUCCUGAAGCUGAAGCCUGAUGAUGCUGGUGUGUACAAGUGCAAGGCAGGAAUUGCAGAGACUGAGGCCACACUGACAGUUGAAGUCCGCAAUGUAGAAGUAACCAAACACCUGCAGGAUGUGGAAGUUGAAGAAGAGAGCUCUGCUGUCUUCUCCUGUGAGCUGUCCCAUGAUGACGAGGACGUGGAAUGGUUCCUGAACGGCACCCUCCUUUACACCAACAAUUACAAUGACAUCAAGAACGUUGGCAAUUGCUACACGCUGACGAUGAAGCAGGUCAAGCCUGAGGAUGCUGGCAUGGUGACAAUGAAGUCAGAGAAGGUGUCAGAGAGCGCGCGUCUGAAGGUGAUAGAGAAGCCUGCUGUCUUCAUGAAGUCCUUGGAUGAUGUUUUUGGUGAGGAAAGAGGUGUGAUUAAACUGGAAUGUGAAGUCUCCAAAGAGAAAGUCAAACCGGUGUGGAAAAAGGACGGUGUUGUGCUCACUUCUGGCAACAAAUAUGAACUGGUACAGUCUGGGAAGACCCUAUGUCUCCUUAUCCACGACCUCGAGAAGGCAGAUGCAGGUUUAUACACCUGUGAUAUUGGCACUGAUGUUGCCAAGUCAAAGGUCGGCGUUCAGGAGCUGAACAUUGGCAUUACCAAACGGCUGAAGAACACUGAAAUCCAGGAGGGAGAAGACUGUACUUUUGAAUGCAUUUUGUCCCAUGAAAGCAUUGAUGACUUCAACUGGACACUGAAUGGGAGCAGAGUGGAAAGUGGUGGGAGAUUUAAAGCUUCUAAUGUGGGUCGGAAGUAUACUCUCAGUAUCAAAAGUGUGAUUCCUGCUGAUGCUGGGGAAGUCGUUUUCACUGCCCGUGGUCUAACCUCCAAAGCCUCUCUGGCUGUGAAAGAAAAACCCACUGAGGUUAUGAAACAUCUGGAGGAUAAGACAGCAGCAGCAGGGCAGGACAUCAGCCUGAGCUGCGAGCUGUCGAAACCCGAUGUGAACAUCAGGUGGUACAAGGAUGGCAAAGCAAUCCGAAAAAGCCAGAAGUAUGACUUGCAGCAGGAGGGAACGAAGGCCAUCCUGGUCAUCCAUGACUCCACCGUCAAGGACAGUGGGGAGUACACCUGUGAGACAGAGGACUCUAAAACAAAAGCCAGGGUCACUGUGCAAGAAAAGCCUAACUACUUUAUCAAGGAACUUUCAGAUCUGAAAAUUGAAGAAAGUGGAACUGCAGUUUUUAUAUGCCAGAGCGAGAAAGCUGCAUCCUCUGUGAUAUGGAGGAAAGGCAUAGCUGAGCUCAGGCCUGGCAGGAAAUACGAGAUGACACAGAAAGGACGAGACCUGCAGCUGACCAUAAAAAAUCUGGAGAAAAGUGACAGUGACACCUACACCUGUGACAUUGGUGAUGCCCAGUCCAGAGCCAAGCUGGUCGUACAAGGCCAGAAAGUGCUAAUAACAGAAGACCUGGAAGAUGUCACUGUGUUAGAAGGAGAAUCUGCCAUGUUCAAAUGCAGAAUCUCUCCUGUAGAGUAUAGCAAAGUGCAAUGGUUUUUGGAUAAAACCCCACUCCAUACCAAUGAACUUAAUGACAUCCAGUCUCAGCCUGGCGGAUAUCACCUGCUAACCUUGAAAAAACUCUCUCUGAAGGACUCGGGGCUCAUUACAUUUGAAGCUGGUGAUAAGAAAACAUCUGCCAGUUUGGUUGUUAAAGAAAAGCCCUGCAUCUUCACAAAGGAGCUGGUUGACACUGAAGUCACUGAGGGAAAGGAUGUGAUUCUUCACUGUGAAACCUCCAAAUCAGACAGCCCUGUAAAGUGGUGCAAAGACGGGAAGAGCCUUAGGAAUUCUUCUAAGUACAACAUCAGUCGGUCGGGAUUUGAAGCCAAGCUGGUCAUAUAUGGGGCAGAAGAAAGAGACAGUGGCAGAUAUGAGUGUGAGGCUGGAGCAGCUAAAAGUAGUGCGGUUAUUACUGUCAAGGAAAUGCCAGUUCUCUUCAAGCAAGAGCUUCAAAACCAAGAAGCUAAAGAAGGAAAAGAAAUCAAACUGACUUGUGAGCUCAGCAAACCCGAUACCCCAGUGAAAUGGAUGAAAGAAGGCACUGUUCUGUAUGCCAGUGAGAAAUAUGAAUUUAAACAGCAUGGUACUGUGGCAGAGCUCAUCAUUCGGGAUGUGACAUCCAUAGAUGCUGGGGACUACACCUGUACUGCUGGGGAACUGAAGACCACUGCUCAGGUGAAAGUACAAGCUGUGCCAGUCCUUUUUAAACAAACCCUGAAGAACACAGAAACGGAAGAGGGGAAAUCUGUCUCUCUGCACUGUGAACUCACAAAAGCAGAUGCCACUGUGGUGUGGAAAAAGGGAGAAGCCACGCUCCAGGCAAGUGCCAAAUAUGAAAUGAAGCAGAAGGGGACAAUGGCAGAGCUGGUGAUUCAUAAUGCAGAGCCAGAAGAUGCGGGAAGAUACACCUGUGACACUGGAGACCAGCAGACCACAGCCCAAGUCAAAGUCCAUGCCAUCUCUGUGCUCAUUGAAGAAGAGCUUAAGAGUCUGGAGGCUCUGGAAGGUGGGACAGCCACCCUGCACUGCCAGCUGAGCAGAGAGGCCCCCGUAGAGUGGAGGAAGGGGCACACUGUUCUCAGGCCAAGUAACAAGUACAGGAUGAAACAAGAGGGCAUGGUGGCUGAGCUACUGAUCCAUGACCUGGAGACCAAGGAUGCUGGAGACUACACAUGCGUAGUGGGAAGCCAAAAAACCACAGCAACCUUAUCAGUGAAUGCCCUGCCAGUCCACUUCAAGAAAGAGCUAAAGAACGAGGAAGGUACAGAGAGUGGAACGGCCACACUGCAGUGCGAGCUGAGCAAGGCAGUCAGCACGGUUGAGUGGAGGAAGGAUGGGAAGGCACUGAUGCCAAAUGGCAAAUACAAGAUGAGACGGGAAGGGCGCUUUGCUGAGCUGGUCAUCCAAGAUCUGGACUUGACCGAUGCUGGGAGUUACACCUGUGUGUGCGGAGACCAGAAGACCACAGCUGCUUUGAGAGUGAAUGCCUUGCCUAUCCUCUUCCAAGAAGAAAUGGUGGACAAGGAAGCUACAGAGGGCCAGGCAGUCACUUUGCACUGCAAGCUGAGCAAAUCGGCUCCUGUUGAGUGGAGAAAGGGGAAUAAAGUCCUCAAACCAAGUGAGAAAUACAAAAUAGAGCAGGAAGGCCCCUUUGCAGAGCUGGUGAUCCAGGAUUUGGAUUCGGCAGAUGCUGGUGAUUACAGCUGUGUGUGUGGAAAUCAACAGACUACGGCCACGUUGACAGUAAAUGUCCUACCCACUCUUUUCACCAAAGAAUUGAGCAAUGAAGAAGCUACAGAAGGUAAAAGUGUCUCUCUGCGCUGUGAGCUGAACAAGGCUGCUGCUAAUGUGGAGUGGAAAAAGGGACUCAAGACCCUCAAGUCAAGCGACAAGUAUAAGAUGAAACGGGAAGGCAUCAUUGCAGAGCUUUUAAUCCAAAAUCUAGACAUGACAGAUGCUGGAAACUACUCCUGUGUGUGCGGAGACCAGCAGACUAUGGCUGUUUUAACAGUGCAUGCUUUACCUGCCUUUUUCAAGGAGGGUUUGAAGAACAGAGAGGCCACCGAUGGCGGAGCCGCCACACUGCGCUGUGAGCUGAGCAAGGUCGGAGUCCCAGUGGAGUGGAAAAAAGGAAAUAAGAUGCUCAAAUCCAGUGAUAAGUAUAGAAUGAGACAAGAAGGAACCUCUGCAGAGCUGUUGAUCCGAGACCUGGAGGUAGAGGAUACCGGAGAAUACACUUGUGUGUGUGGAGAUCAGAAGACCUCAGCUGUCUUGACAGUGCAUGCUUUGCCUGCGCUUUUCAAAAAAGAACUCGUCAACCUGGAAGCCACAGAAAGUGGGACAGCAGUUCUGCAGUGUGAACUGACUAAAUCCACUCCGGUGGAGUGGAGGAAAGGACAGGAGUUGCUCAAGCCCAGUGAUAAAUACAAAUUGAGGCUAAAGGAUACCAUUGCUGAGCUGACAAUCCAAAGCCUGGAGGAACAAGAUGCUGGAGAUUACACGUGUGUGUGUGGAGACAAGACAACUACAGCAUCUCUGACAGUGCACGCCCUCCCUCCACAUUUUAAAAAGGAGUUGAAGAACGUGGAAGCCACAGAAAAUGGCACGGCCACUUUCUGCUGUGAGCUAAGCAAGCCUGCAGCUUCUGUGGAAUGGAGGAAAGGAGACAGAGUCCUGGAGCCAAGUGACAAGGUCACCACCACAUGCAAGGGCACAACUGCAGAGCUGGUGAUCCGUGAUUUAGAUCUGGCAGAUGCUGGAGAUUACACAUGCUGUUAUGGAGAACAGAAAACCACAGCUGCUCUAAAAGUGAAUGCCUUGCCUGCACAUUUCAAGGAAGAGAUGAAGAACGUGGAAGCCACAGAAGGUGGAACAGCCACGCUGCAGUGCGAGCUAUCUAGGGCCGUCCCCGUGGAGUGGAAAAAGAAGCACAAAGUGCUCAAAUCGAGUGAAAAAUACUCUAUGAGGCAGGAAGGUUCCACAGCACAACUCCUGAUCCAUGCUUUGGAAGUCAAGGAUGCUGGGGAGUAUACCUGUGUGUGCGGGGACAAGAAGACUACUGCAGUGCUGACAGUGCACGCCCUUCCUGCUCUCUUCAAAGAAGAGCUAAGAGACGAGGAGGCCAUGGAGGGUGACAUGGUCACUCUGCGCUGUGAGCUGACCAAGGCUGCACCAGUGGAAUGGAAAAAGGGGCACGCAGUGCUCAAGUCUAGUGAGAAAUACAAAAUGAGGCAGAAGGACGCCACCGCAGAACUGGUGAUCCAUAACCUAGAUGAGAGUGAUGCUGGUGAUUACACCUGUGUGUGUGGGGACAAGCAGUCCACAGCUUCGUUAGCAGUGCACGCACUGCCUGCACACAUCAAGGAAAGCCUGAAGGGCGAGGAAGUAACAGAAGGGCAAACGGCCACUCUGCGCUGUGAGCUGACCAAGGUUGCUCAGGUAGAGUGGAGAAAGGGAAGCACUUUGCUCCAAGCCAGCGACAAGUACAAAAUGAGACAGGAGGGCACCGUCGUGAAGCUGCUCAUCCACGACACCGAGCUGAAAGAUGCUGGAGAAUACACAUGUGUGUGUGGAGAACGGGAGACAACAGCUGCCUUGAUAGUGAAUGCCUUGCCUGCACUUUUCAAAGAGGAGCUGAAGAACCUGCAGGCCAUGGAAAGCCAGACAGUUACUCUGCGCUGUGAGCUGACCAAGGCUUCACCUGUCUCAUGGAAGAAAGGAAACAAAAUCCUCAGAGCAAGUGAAAAAUACAUCAUGCGGCAGGAUGACGUCCUUGUGGAGCUGGAAAUCCGUGAGCUAGAUCUGCAGGAUGUAGGAGAUUACACCUGUGUGUGUGGAGACCAACACACCACUGCCUCUCUGACAGUGAAUGCCCUGCCAGCGGUUUUCAAGGAAGAGCUGAAAAAUGAAGAAGUCAUGGAAGGAGCAUCAGUCUCUCUGCGUUGUGAAUUAAGCAAAGCAGCUCCAGUGCAGUGGAAAAUAGGGUCCAAAGUGCUCAAAACGAGUGAAAAAUAUCAAAUGAGCCAGCCUGGCACCACUGCAGAGUUGGUCAUUCGUGACCUAGAUGUAACAGAUGCUGGAGAUUACACUUGUGUUUGUGGUGACCAGAAGACAACAGCAACCUUAACAGUUCAUGCUCUGCCACCACUCUUUAAGGAAGAGCUAAAGAAUGAGGAAGCAGAAGAAGGCAGAGAUGUCAGCCUGCACUGCGAGCUCACCAAGGCCGCUCCGGUGGAGUGGCAGAAGGACCAGAGGGUUCUUAAAGAGAGUGGGAAAUACCAGAUGAGGCAGGAGGGGCCCAAGGCAGAGCUGGUGAUUCGUGGGGUGGCUGAGGAUGAUGCAGGAAUCUACAGCUGUGUGUGUGGAGAGCACCGGACUACUGCUGUCUUAACAGUACAGGCUGUGCCUCCAUUUUUCCAAGAAGAGAUGAGCAGCGAGGAAGCAGUAGAAGGUGGAAUGGCCACUUUGCACUGUCAGAUCAGCAAGGCUUCUGCCCCUGUUCAGUGGAAGAAGGGCCGUCGCAUCCUCACCCCAGGCAGCAAGUACAGCAUGAGCCAGGAAGGCUGUGUUGUGGAGCUGGUAGUUCACAAUUUAGACUUGAAUGACACUGGAGAUUAUACCUGUGUUUGUGGAAACAAGGCCACCACGGCUGCCUUAACAGUGCAUGCACUGCCUCCAGAAUUCAAGACUGACCUGAAGGACCUAGAAGCUGUAGAACGUGGGACAGUUACUCUGCAGUGUGAGCUGACCAAACCUGCUGCGGUGGAGUGGAAGAAAGGGCAGGAGGCACUCAAAGCAAGCAAAAAGUACAAAAUGAGUCAAGAUGGUGCUGUUGCAAAGCUGAUUAUCCAUGAGCUGGAUGAGGAGGAUGCUGGAGAUUAUACGUGUGUGUGUGGAGAUCAGCAGACAACGGCCACUUUGACAGUCAAUGCCCUACCAGCACUUUUCAAACAAGAGCUUCAGAAUACUGAGGCAGAAGAAGGUGGGUCAGUGACCCUGAAGUGUGAGCUUACCAAACCCAAGGCUCCAGUAGAGUGGAGGAAAGGAGAUGUUACUCUCUACCCUGGCUUGAAAUACGAGAUGAAGCAGCAGGGCUCCUCUGCAGAGUUGGUCAUUUAUGACUUAGGAUUGGAUGAUUCAGGAAAGUACACCUGUGACUCCGGACAUCAGCAGACAACAGCUGCAGUAACUGUACAUGCACUGCCUGUCACAUUUAAGCAAAUCCUCCAAAAUAAGGAAUCAGAGGAAGGAAGUACAGCUACUUUCUGCUGCGAGCUGUCAAAACCCAAUGCUGCAGUGGAAUGGAGGAAAGGAGGAGUGGCGCUGCAGCCCGAUGAGAAAUAUGAGAUGAGGCAGAGGGAAUGCCUGGUAGAGCUCUUAAUACAUAACCUCCAAUUAGAAGAUACAGGAGAAUACAGCUGUGAUACUGGGGAUCAGGAAACAAAGGCAUCUUUACAUGUGAAAGCCCUACCAGUUCUUUUCAAAAAGGAGCUCAAGGAUGAGGAAGUUGAAGAAGGAGCAGCGGUGAAAUUCCAGUGUGAGCUGACAAAGGAUAACGCAACAGUGGAGUGGAGGAAGGGCACCAUGGAGAUCUUCCCAUGCUCCAAAUACGAAAUGAAAUUAAGUGGCUGCACAGCUGAGCUUGUGAUCCAUAAUGCAGAACCAGAGGAUGCUUCUGAUUAUACGUGUGAUACAGGAGACCAGCAGAGCACAGCCAUCCUCAGAGUGAAUGCCAUUAAACCCCGGCUGAAGCAGCAGCUGAAGAAUGAAGAAGUGGAGGUGGGAGGAACAGCUAAGCUGCGCUGUGAGAUUUCUAUAAGCAAAGCAGAAGUAGAGUGGAGUAAAGAUGGAGCUGUGCUUCACUCAAGUUCCAAGUAUGAAAUGUGGCAGCAGGGCACCAUCCGUGAGCUGCGUGUUCACCACUUGGAGCCUGGUGAUGCUGGAGAAUACUCCUGCAAGGCUGGAGAUGAGACAACCUCUGCAAAGCUGACUGUGAAAGAGCCUGAUGUGACCAUUGUGAGUCACCUAAAGGACAUGGUGGUGUUUGAAGGGGAUGAUGUCACGUUUCAGUGCCAGGUGUCUCAUGAGAAUGCAAGGGAUGUAGAAUGGAAGCUACAGGAUGUUGCUCUGCAGAAUAAUGAAAUGAAUGAGAUCUCAGUGGAGAAAGGAAAGAUCCACAAGCUGACACUGAGGAAGGUGACUGAGCAGGACAUUGGCACCAUCACUUUCCGAGUGGGGCCAUACACAUCCACAGCAGAGCUCACAGUGAAAGUGCCACCUCCAGUCUUUAAGAAGAAAUUACAGAACACGGAAUUCCAGGAAGAGGAAACAGCCAUCCUGCACUGCGAGCUCUCACAGCCUAAUGUUGCUGUGGAGUGGAAGAAGGAUGCCCAGGUGAUUUCCCCAAGCACCAAAUAUGAAAUCAAACAGGAGGGAACAAUCCACACUUUAAAGAUUUAUCAUUUAAAACCAGAAGACUCGGGCAAAUACACCUGUGAUAAUGGGAACGAGCAAACGACAGCCACUUUAACUGUUAAAGCUUUGCCAGUAAUUGUCACAAAACCACUCCAGAACCAGCAAGCUGAAGAAGGUGGCACCAUCACUUUGAGCUGUGAAAUCUCAAAAUCAAAUGCCACUGUGCAGUGGAAGAAGGCUGGGAAAGUGCUGCAACCCAGUGAUAAAUACAAGAUGCACCAAGCUGGGUCCGUGGCUGAGCUGAUGAUUCUCAACUUGAGUGAAGCUGAUGCUGGGGAGUACAUGUGUGAUACAGGGGACCAGCAAACCACUGCAGUUGUGCAUGUGAAAGAACCAGCAGCAACCAUAGUGGAGAUGCUGAAGGACGUCACUUCAUAUGAAGGGGAAGAUGCAGUCUUUGAAUGCAGACUGUCCCAGGAAACAACUCAGGAUGCUCAGUGGUUCCUGGGGGAUGUUCCCCUGCAAUCCAAUGAAAUGAAUGAGAUCAAAGUCCAAGGGACACGUCACACUUUGAUCCUGAAGAAGGUGACACUAGAAGACUGCGGACCCAUCAGCUUCAAAGUCGGGCAGCAUACCUCAGGGGCACAGCUAACAGUCCAAGCCGCUCCAGUCACCUUUGUGAAGGCUCUCCACAGCCUGGAGCUGCAGGAGGGUGGCACAGCCCACUUGUGCUGCGAGGUGUCCCGGCCCGACGUCCCCGUGCAGUGGAAGAAAGGCACAUCUGUCAUCCGCUCCAGCCAGAAGUGCAGCAUCAAGCAGGAUGGGAAUGUGCACACGUUGGUCAUUCACGAUUUGGACUGUGAGGACUCAGGAGAAUACAGCUGCCACACAGCUGAUGGGAAGACCACUGCCAAAUUAGAAGUUAAAGCCCUUCCCGUGCUUUUCGAACACCGGCUGAAAAACGAGGAGGUGGAGGAAGGGCGCACUGCUGUGUUGCACUGUGAGCUGACGAAACCCAGUGCUGUGGAGUGGAGGAAAGGAGACACGGUGCUGCACUCAGGUGACAAGUAUGAGAUCCGGCAAGAGGGGACGCAUGUCGAGCUCUUCAUCUACGAUGCUGAGGCUGAGGAUGCGGGUGAUUACACGUGUGACUCAGGGGAUCAGCAGACCACUGCGUCGUUGCAAGUCAAAGUACUACCCGUGCUGUUUAAGGAAGAGCUGAAAAAUGUGGAGUCUGAAGAAGGGGGAACAGCUAUCUUGCACUGCGAGAUUUCCAAGCCAGAUGCUCCCGUAGAGUGGAGAAAAGGAGGGGUGGUCAUUGAGCCCAGUGAGAAGUACGAAAUGAAGCUGAAGGGCUGCACUGCAGAGCUGAUCAUCCACGGUGUGGAGCUCGACGACUGUGGGGAUUACACCUGUAGCACUGGAUAUGAGAUCACCGCAGGUUCUGUGUAUGUGCAAGAAGAAGAAGCAGUCAUAGUUUCUGGUUUAAAGAACACAGACGUCUUUGUGGGUGAGUCGGCCACUUUCACCUGCGAGCUGUCGCACCCAGGCGUGAAGAACGUGCAGUGGUGGCUCGAUGGAUCUCCCCUUCACAACAACUUUGUGACUGAAAUCUCUGAGCAGGACGGGAUAAUCCACACUUUAACCCUAAAUGACGUGGCGUGCCACGACUCAGGCACUGUCACCUUCAGAGCUGGCUCUCUUAUAUCUUCAGCUAAAUUAUUAGUCAAAGAUCCAACCAUUGAAGUGGUCAGUCCCAUGCAGGAUAUAACUGUUGAUGAAGAUGGCACAGCAGAGUUCAUAUGCCAGUAUUCUAGGCCAGUACACGCCAUAUGGAAGAAAAAUGAUCAGGAAAUACUUGCAGAUGGGCAGCGAGUGAUUAUCGAUCAGGACUGGAAUGUAAGCAUGCUAAAAAUUAAACCCACGGUACCAGAAGACAGUGGCGUCUAUUCUUGUGAAGCUGAAGGCACUAAAGUGAUGGCUGCACUUGAUGUUCAAGCCAAGAACAGCAUCGUCCAGGGCCUGGAGAACGUGGAAGCAGUGGAAGGAGGGGAAGCCCUGUUUGAAUGCUACCUUUCCAAGCCCGAGUGCUACAACUACAACUGGCUGAUUGAUGAUGAGCCUGCCAAAACUACAGAAAACACGGAGAUGGUUUACUUUGAAAAUGGGCGCAGGCAUCUGCUGCUGCUGAAGAACCUCACUCUGCAGGACAAUUGCAGGGUGACUUUUAUGUGCAGUGAUGCAGUGACCUCAGCCUUCCUCACGGUGAAAGGAUGGCGUCUGCAGAUCUUGCAGCCUCUCACGGAUGUGGAAGUCUCUCCAGGGCAGAAAGCUACAUUCAGCUGUUCUCUAAGUGAAGCUGUGCCAAUUAAUGAAGUUACCUGGUAUUUUAAUGAUAUAGAGAUCCAACCAGAUGAGGACUGGGAGAUACAAGCAGAUGGAAACAAAUACAAACUUAUUCUGAAUAAAGCCCAACCGCAUCAUUCAGGAGAGGUGACGUUUGCUUCCAGAGAAGCAAUUGCAUCAGCCAAGUUAUCUGUGCUAGCCCAUCCCGAUCCCCCUGAAGAACCAAAAGUUUUACACACAAGCAGUCACUCUGUGACUCUGUCUUGGUACAAGCCGCUGAGCGACGGUGGUUGCGACAUCCUAGGCUACCAAGUGGAGAGAAAAAUCCCAGGUGUUGGCUGGCAGUCAUGCAACAAGAGCAUAAUUCAAAGCAUGGAGUUUGUGGUGGACAAUCUCACUCCAGGAGAACCCUACAGAUUCCGCGUCUCGGCUGUAAACAAAGUUGGGGCCAGCGAGCCAGCACAGUUCCCUCAAAUGGUGCAGCUAGAGCCUCCAAUUACAGUCACCCAUCCUUUGGUGGGUGGAUCAAUCUCCGAAGGGGAGGUGGCUCGCUUGGAGUGCAAACUGUCAAGUGAAAUCAAAGAGAACGUGACGUGGCUCAAAGGGAAAGAACCAAUACAAACUGGAGGAAGAUAUGAAAUCCUCUCUGAUGGAAAAAAGCAGAUACUCAUUAUUCACGCAUUUAAAGCUGAAGAUCAGGAUACAUACACCUGUAUGGUUUCUCCAGAAGUCAAAUCUGUUGCCAGCUUGUGCCUUGAAGUUCCUACAGUGUCAAUGCUAAAAGAGAUUGCCAAGGAAGUCCCCCCUGCAAGCCAACAGGAGGAGCUGGUGGAUGGCCAUGUCCAGCCCAGCUUGCCCCCCGAGGCUGCCCAGGAGGGAGACCUUCAUCUCCUGUGGGAGGCUCUGGCCAAGAAGCGCCGGAUGAGCCGGGAGCCCACCUUGGAUUCCAUCAGCGAGGUGCCAGAAGAAGAAGAGAAGCUUCAGAAGCUGAGGAAGGAAGAAGCAGAGCAGUCUCACUAUUACUCAGAGGAGUACUCCACGUGUGAUGAGCUGGCCAGGACAGGAGAAGCAGAUUUUUCUUUCACAAGUUCAGAUGAUGAAUCUCGAGCUGGGACUCCUUCACUAGUGAACUACCUCAAGAAAGCUGAAAAGAGAAGCAUCAGUGUUACCACCAAGGUUCAGUCCACCUCCACGGGCAAGCUGUGGAAACAGUGGGAGAAAUCCAGUGUGGAGACUGUUGUGGCUGCCCCAGGUGCCAAGCCAGCCGAACCAGAAAUAGCAGAUUUAGAUGAUCCUUCCAUGAACAGCGCCGCUGUGAAGAUCCAGGCUGCUUUCAAAGGCUACAAAGUCAGGAAAGAGAUCAAGCAACAAGAGUGCCCAGUGUUUACUGAGACCUUCAAAGAUUUCUCUGGUGAGCCUGGAAGCACCCUGCAUCUCGAGUGUGUGGCCCACAGCAAGACCGACAUGAAGGUCCGCUGGCUGAAGGAUGGGGAGGAGCUGUCAGACGGUCGCUACUAUCACAUAGACAACUACAGCGAUGGGACCUGCUCUUUGAUUAUCACUGGCCUGGACAGGAAGGAUACGGGUAAAUACACCUGUGAGGCAUCCAAUAAAUUUGGGAAGGUUUCACACAGCGCGAAGGUGGUGAUCGGUGCUGAGGAACCUGAAGCUCUUCCGAAGGAGAAGAGUAUUAAACAAAGCACUGAUAGUGAGACAGAGAGCUCCUCUGGCAGCGACCUGGAUGAUGCCUUCCGUAAAGCUGGAAGGAGGCUGCACAGACUCUUCAGGGCCAAGAUCUCAACGGAGAUAUCCGAUGUGGAGGAAGAGCUCUUUGUCAGCGCGGACGAAGGGGACGUAGAGGUGGUCGACCAUCAGACGUAUCGUGAGGACGAUCGGUACAUUUACAUCAAGUUUGAGGUCUUGUCCGAGGCAAAAACAGCUGCCACUCGUUUCAGAGAGAUGUUUGGCGCCCUGGGGAUUCCCGUGGAGAUUGAUAUUUUGGAACAAGGCCCAAGGAAAGUUGAAUUGCGCAUUGGGAAAGCAACGCCACCCACCCAUGGGAAGUUUGCUCCACCAGUUCUGAGACCACCACCGCCUUUGCUGACUUCUGAUACAGCUCCCAUGUUCCUGACUGAGCUUCAAAACCAAGAGGUACAAGAUGGCUAUCCUGUCAGCUUUGACUGCAUUGUUGUUGGCAAACCCCUCCCCACGGUUCGCUGGUUCAAGGAUGGGAAAGCUAUUGAAGAAAAUGAUCACUACAUGAUCAACGAGGACCAGGAAGGAUGCCAUCAGCUGAUCAUCACGGCUGUGGUCCCCACCGACAUGGGUGUUUAUCGUUGCCUUGCUGAAAACAACAUGGGAGUGGCUUCAACCAAGGCUGAGCUUCGAGUGGACCUGACCAGCACUGACUACGAGACAGCAGCAGAUGCUACAGAGACGUCGUCUUAUUACAGCGCCAAAGAAUAUGUUUCAAGUCGAGAACAAGAGGAAUCUACCACAGAAGAGGAGCAGUUGCCCCAGAUCCUCGAUGACCUUCAUGAUAUUCAUGUGGCACCUGGAGCACCGCUGGCUAAAUUUCACCUGAAGGUGAAAGGGUAUCCAGAGCCUCGUCUCUAUUGGUUCAAAAAUGGGCAGCCACUGAAGGCCUCGGAUCGAAUCCUGAAGAUUGAUAGAAGGGAGCUCCACUCACUGGAAAUUCUCAAUGUCGUGAAGUCAGAUGCUGGCCAGUACUCAAUAUUUCUCAUUAAUUCUGCUGGUUCUGCAUACUCAUCAGCCAGGCUGGUAGUCAGAGAUCCUGAUGAGAAAGAAGAAGUGUCAGAAACAGAUUCCCACGAGCAGCUGAUACCACCAAGGUUCCUAGAAAGGUUUACCAAUAAAAAGGUGAAGAAAGGUGCGAGCAUCACAUUAUCUGUAAAAGUUGAAGGACAUCCACCACCAACCAUUACUUGGCUGAAAGAAGAGUCUCAGGAAGACAUCCUGUGGAUCAAACCAGACACUCCUGGAUAUAAGCUCGCCAGUUCCAAUAUGCACCACAGUUUAAUCCUGUUGGAUGUUAAAAAGAAAUACGCUGGAGCUUACACAUGCAUUGCUACCAACAAGGCUGGCCAGUCCAUCUGCACUGCCAACCUAGAAGUUGCAGAUGUGAAAGAGGCUGAAGUCCUGACCCAGGAGCGUGUGAUGGUAUCAGAAGCCAUAAUGACCACCCUGGGAGCUGUUCAUUCCUCUGAAGGAGACCUUGAAGCUGGUAGGGAAGGUGUACCCAGAACUCCUAUUUCAUUAGCUGAUGUUGGAACUGAAGAAUUCUUCCAGAAGCUCACCUCUCGUAUCUCAGAAAUGGUAUCUGCAAAAAUAAGUCAGGCCACGCUCCGAGUGCCAGGUGCAGAAAGCGAUGAUGAAUCCAAGACUCCCUCUGCAUCUCCCCGCCAUGGCCGAUCCAGACCUUCAUCCAUUGCUCAAGAGUCCUCCUCUGAAUCUGAAGAUGGGGAUUCCAGAGGAGAGAUCUUUGAUGUCUACAUGGUCACAGCUGACUACGUGCCCCCUGUGCCUGACAAGGAGGCCAUCACUUUGAAGGAAGGCCAGUAUGUGGAAGUCCUUGAUUCAGCUCAUCCCCUGAAGUGGUUGGUCAGGACCAAACCCACAAAAUCCAGUCCUUCUCGACAGGGCUGGGUAUCUCCAGCUUACCUGGACAAGAGAUUAAAGUUGUCACCAGAGUGGGGAACAACAGAAGUUCCUGAGUUCCCUGGAGAAUGUGUUUCUGAGGAUGAAUAUAAAAGGAAGCUCAGUGUUCUUAUUCAAGAGCUCUUGAUCUCAGAAGAGGAUUACAUUCAAGAUCUACAGUUCCUCCAGACUCAUCACCUUAGGUACAUCGAGACCUGUCCCAGUGUCCCAGGAGCUAUUGCCAGUCAGAAAUCCACCAUCUUCAGAAAUAUCGAUGAUAUUACUCACUUCCAUUCCAGUGCUUUCCUCCGAGGCUUGCAGAAAUGUGACACUGAUGACGAUGUGGCCAUGUGCUUUAUUAAACACGAGGCAGAAUUUAACAAGUACAUCCAGUACCUGGUGGGGCGGGUGCAGGCCGAGUCGAUUGUUGUCAGCAAAGCUGUCCAGGAUUUCUACAAGAGAUACACAGAUGAAAUUUUAAUGAACGAAGAUCCUUCACAGACACUGAUCCCACCAUUGCAGCACUAUCUGGAAAAACCCAUCAACAGGAUCCAGCAGUAUCAGACUAUUAUCAAGGAAUUAAUCCGAAACAAAGCAAGAAACAGCCAAAACUGCACUUUGCUGGAGCAGGCUUAUGCCAUCGUGUCUGCACUGACCCGAAGAGCAGAAAACAACCUCCAUGUCUCACUCAUUGAGAACUACCCAGGGACCUUGGAAAGCCUUGGUGAACCCAUCCGACAGGGCCACUUCAUUGUGUGGGAAGGAGCUCCAGGAGCUAGAAUGGCAUGGAAAGGACACAAAAGACACGUCUUCCUCUUCAGGAAUUAUCUUGUGAUCUGCAAGCCAAAGCGAGACACGAGGACAGACACCUACAGUUACAUCUUCAAGAAUAUCAUGAAGCUGAACAACAUAGAUGUGAACGACAUGGUGGAAGGGGAUGACCGUGCCUUUGAGAUCUGGCACGAGCGGAAGGACUCAGUCCGCAAGUACCUCCUUCAGGCUCGUACAGUGAACAUCAAGAACUCCUGGGUGAAAGAAAUCUGUGGCAUACAGCAGCGAAUCAGCCAGCCAGUCUGGAUUCCUCCAGACUUUGAGGAAGAACUGGCAGACUGUACAGCCGAGCUGGGAGAGACAGUGAAGCUGGCUUGCAAAGUGACAGGAGCUCCCAAGCCAUCUGUCAGCUGGUACAAAGAUGGAAAGCCAGUGGAGGUGGAUCCCCAUCACAUUAUAAUAGAAGAUCCUGAUGGCUCCUGCACAUUGAUCUUGGACAACCUCACAGGCGUGGACUCAGGACAGUACAUGUGCUUUGCUUCCAGUCCUGCUGGAAAUGCCAGUACCUUAGGAAAGAUCCUUGUUCAAGUGCCACCACGGUUUGUGAACAAGGUUAGAAAUGCUUAUUUUGUGGAGGGUGAGGAUGCUCAAUUUACCUGCACUGUCGAAGGAGCACCAAGGCCUCAGAUCAGAUGGUACAAGGAUGGCAUAUUGUUGAAGGACACAAAUAAAUACCAGACUUUCAGUGAACCACGGAGUGGUGUAAUAGUCCUGGUGGUCAAGAACCCUUCCAAUGAAGACAUGGGACACUAUGAAUGUGAACUGGUGAACAGAUUAGGGUCAGCAAAAAGUGGAGCAGAACUUUACCAUCACACUGCUGCAGCCCUGACCCAGGAGAGGAGAGGAGACCAAGCCAUCACCAUUGAAGGAAAACCAUCUCCACAGUCAGAGCUGGAGACCUCCGUCCAGGCCUCCCUUCGGCGUGCUGAUGAGGAGAUCAAGACAGCUCUGAAGAAGCUCGUGGACUCAGCAUCACUGCUUGUGACUCUUCCCCCCGACACGCCAGGAGGUGACCAUGGAGCAGUUGGGCCUCUGCUGCUCCACGAAGUCAGCACCCAAACCCAGGCUGCUGGGGGGCAGGACAAAGCACAAGGGCAGAUUCCAACUGAAGAACCAAGCGUACCAAUGCCCAGCCUUGGUCUUUCCCAUGAGGAGACAUCUAAAGGAGCUGAAAGCACUCAGGAGCGCACUGUUCCCAUUUCCAGAAUACGACCGGCUGCGGGGACAGGAGACUGGUACAGGAGAGAAGGGGAUGUGGUCUGGGACGUACACAGUGAAGUUUAUAUUGAGACCACAGAAAGAACCCGUGUGUAUAAGACUGAGGAGAAGACCCCAACAAGUCCUCCCUAUAUGCAAGUGACAAUAGAGGAUGUGCAGGUGGAUGCUGGGGAGCGUGCCAAAUUUCAGGCAGUCAUCGAAGGGAGCCCUCCACCUACUGUUCUGUGGUUUAAGGGCACCACGCUGCUGACAGACAGCGUUAGGCUCCAUCAAGGGAAGGCAGGAACGACUUAUUUCUUAAUCCUGGACAACGUUGUCUCAGAAGAUGGUGGUGUUUAUACCUGUGUUGCCAAAAAUGCAGGAGGGGAGGUUUUGUGCAAAGCAGAGCUUGUUGUACAUGAAGCUAAGAAAGACCAAGCAGCAAAGAAAGUGGCCACCCGGAGAAAACUCCAUUCCCUGUAUGAGGUUAAGCAGGAGAUUGGAAGGGGCUGCUUCAGCUUUGUGAAACGAGUUGUACACAAAGGGAACGGAGUGUCUUGUGCUGCCAAAUUCAUCCCUCUGCGAAGCAAAACGAAGGCUCGGGCGCAUCAGGAGAGGGACAUUCUGUCCUCUCUGUCCCACGACAGGAUCACCAGGCUGCUGGAUCAGUUUGAAACGCGGAAAACCCUGAUUUUGAUCUUGGAGUUAUGCUCCAGUGAAGAGCUCCUCGACCGUUUAUUCAAGAAGAGUGUGGUCACCGAAGCAGAGGUGAAAUUGUACAUAAAGCAAAUUUUGGAAGGGGUCAAUUAUCUUCAUGACAACAACAUCCUUCAUUUGGACAUUAAGCCUCUGAAUAUCCUCAUGGUUUAUCCCGAGAGGGAAGACCUUAAGAUCUGUGACUUUGGGUUUGCUCAGAAGAUCACACCCUUGGAGCCUCAGUUCAGUAAAUAUGGGUCUCCAGAAUUCGUUGCCCCAGAAAUCGUCUCUCAGUCGCCGGUGUCGAAGGCAACAGAUAUCUGGGCUGUUGGAGUCAUCACCUACUUAAGCCUGACGUGCAAGUCUCCAUUUGCUGGGGAAAAUGACAGAGGAACACUUCUGAAUAUCCAGAAAGGAGAAGUUUCAUGGACCGCUCCUGAUUUUGUUCAUCUGAGUGAAGAUGCAAAAGAUUUUAUCAAGCGGAUCCUGCAGCAGCAGCCCAAGGACAGGCCUGGUGCUUUGGACUGCCUUUCCCACAGGUGGUUCAUGCACAAUCUUCCCCUCGAAGCAGCUCAUUUCAUUAAUACCAAGCAGCUCAAAUUCAUUGUGGCUCGGAGCAAGUGGCAGCGGUCUCUGAUGUGCUAUAAAUCCAUACUGGUGAUGCGAUCCAUCCCAGAAAUCCUGGAAAGGACUCAUGACAACACCUCCCUGGCCAUCUCCAGGCACCUGAUUGAGGAGAGCACUUCCUCCAGCACCAGCGGCUCGUCUUCAGACAACGAGAACUCACACUUCCCCAAGAAGAGGCAUUUUGGCUCCACACCCGAACUACACCUGUCCAUAUUCGAUGCACCGAGCAGUCAGGAGCCUCCAAGGCACGUGAGAGAAGAGAAGCACUCCAAAUUCUCAAUCCCUCCAGUGAAACCCAUGAGGAGGAAGUAUGCUGCAAUGAAAAGUGAAGCGGGGGACAAAUCAUCUAUGGAAAGCCAAGAGCUUGGGGCGGGUAUUUUAGAAGAGGGAAAGGAAGGGCUUCAUCCCAGAGAUGAGACGACCCAAAGGAGUCAUGUAGCUGAGCCUUCAUCGGGGAAGACUUCUGCAGAAAGCCCAUCAGAUCUCAAACAGAAACCAGACGUAGUUUUAUCUGAAAUGGACAAAAUUGAAAAGGCCGGGGAUGGGACAGAAAAGCCACCUGUGUGUGUUCCUAGACAGAGUGUCAUUAAAAGCACUUUCUAUAGCCAAGCAGCCGAGCUCCCUGCGAGGGCACCUUCCUCUCCAGGCAGGGAGCUCAGGAGGCACCUGGACAGGGCCAGGAGGACCUUUCGGAAAGCUGGAUAUUCCAAAGUGCCCCUCAGUGGUCUCCGUGAACCCCUUCUGGAACAGUUUGAACUGGAAGAAGAGGAGAGCAAGGAUGGAGAUGAGCACAGGGAGAGUCUGCUUGGUUCCCUGACCAAAUCAGCUUCAUUUGAUACUGCGAGGAAACCCCCACAUCCCGCCAUUGCUGGCUCCAGCCGAAGCCGUUCCCUGGAUGACUACAGGUUGAGAGCCUCCAGAUCCGUGAGGGAACAAGAUAUUUUGGAAGAAGACUACGAUGUUGCGGCACAGGAAAGUUGCCCUGAAGGCAGUGAGCACUGUGAUGUUUCUGCAAAGCCAGGCAAGGGAGGUGCUGCAGGCACUUCAGGAGACAUUAGGACAGCCAGCAAGGACUGCUCAGAAGAGCAGCUCUCCCCUUCCACACGCUGUGAGGGCAAUGGGUGCCCAUCUGUUUCUGUGCAACAGCUAGAGAGACUUCCAGUGUCACCUCAUGGAAGCGAGAAUAGGAAGCAUUUGCUGAAGAAGUCAAAAGCUACUUAUAUUGAUGAGGAAGAUUUGGAAGGCAAAAGCCCCGUUCUGUCUGCCCCACACUCAGACCUAGCUGUGCCACCAGCUCAAAAACAUGAAACCCCAAAGGCUAAAUCUAUCCCUGUGGCUUCUGACGUGGCUGUGCAAGAGGGUGAACAGGCCACUUUGGCUCUGCCGCAGUCAGAGACCACCUCCAGCUCUGCUCCUGGAGUGUGCCCCCCACCCCAGGAUUCUGCCCACAGCCAUCCUGACCUACAAGGGGAAGGCUUCCUCAUCAAAAGGACAGCCCCAGCCGCCCCUUGGGUGGAGAAAAGGAGGAAACAAUCUCCCGAGAAGCCUUCUGCUCCCAGUGCUUCCAAGUCUGAUCUCACAGAGCAUGAAAGCUCCGCUGCUUUAACAGGCCUGCAGACAGAAAUCAGUUCUUUUCCAGUACAUAAAGAUAAAAUGCAGCAACUUUCUGAUGAAAGCAUUCUGGCACCUACUGCCUUGGAGGGCAAACAGCCAGGUAUCCUACCUGUUCCACAGAGAGCUGAUAAAGAUGCUCACCAGAAGCUGAAGACCUCUAAAGAAGUGAUGCCUACUGUCCUGGGGGAUGAAGGACCAGCUGUUGCAGGGAUCACCUCGCUUGCAGCCCAUGAUGGUGAAAGCCAAGCCCACAAGAAGGCUUCUCCUCAUGCAGACACAUCAGCCAUCCCAAAGGGGGAGCAUCCAGUUGCUCCCAAAGUCCCACCACCAAAACCAGUGCGAACUUCCAUCUCUGGUGGAGCUCGGCACACUGAAUGGCCAGCUCACAGCAAGGAGAGGCUUGCUGCUCUGAGGAGUGAAGGUCCAUCUGUCACAGAGGUUGCUCCCAGUUUGGUCCAUGAAGCUGAAAUCCAGGCAGCUGUACCCCAGAAGGCUCCUCAAGGCAGUGGCACAGUGCCUGCUGCUCUGGAGGGCAGACACCCAUCUGUAACUGCUUCAUCCCAAAAACCACAUCUGCCUUCAGUCCAUGAGAGCGAAAGGCAAGAACACCCCAAGGCAGCGUUUCCCAGCAAGGUGAGAUCCAUCGUCACAAGCGGAAGCCCAGAGGCUGGACAGGCCUCAUCUGCUCCGUUCCCUGAGAGUGGAAGUCAGGUGUUGGAGCAGCACAAGGCUGCUUAUCCUAGUGGGAAAGUUUCUUCUGCUCAGGAGGGUGUUCACCCGAGUAUCUUAGCUGCUCCACCAGCACAAGUUCAGUCUCCAGCUUCAGUCUAUCAGCUGGAAUAUGAGGAACAGCUGAUGGUUUAUGGCGAGGACAGAGAUACUGCCUUGGGAAGUGGAAGCCAUGGUGCUGGACAACCUGUGCCACCAUCGCUCUGCAGGGCUGGAAGUCAGGACCUGUCACAGCACAGGUCUUCUUUUUACAGUGACAAGGAGUCUGCUGCCCUGGAAGGUUUGGUGGACGAGAUGGUUUCCCUCUCUGAAGAGAUGAACGUGUGGGCAGAGUCGGUUGCUGGCCAGGAGGAGUGCAGAAAGCAGAUCUCUGCCCCGGAUACAUUCUACAAAGGCCCAGAUGGCCAAGCACCUACAGACAUCUCCUACCAUUCCCUACAAGGAGGUAGAAUAGGAGAACUCUCUGAGCUGGAAGAUCUUGCUGAAUCCUAUUUUGCACUGAGUGAGAAGCCAGCAGUACUGCAAGGGCAGGAAUGUGAACACCUGGAGGACUCAGCACUCGAGAGCCCCAGUUGCAGCCAAGAGAGCAUUCCCCCAACACACAGCUCAGCUGUUGGGAAAGCCCCCAGCCAAGCACCAGUGAGCAAAGGCACUGGUAGGCACCCAGAAGUUUCUUUGGUGAAAAUCAAAGACCUGUCGGAUGAAACCCCGUGUCUCGGCAGCGGAACUCCCAAACUUGACAUCUCGGAGGUGGAGCCUGCCUAUUUGAAUUUCUCAGACUUGUAUGACAUUGUCUAUUUUCCAUUUGAGUUUAUGAAUUUUAGGAAGCCUCAGCCCAAACCGACGGGCAGACGGUUCAUACCUUUAAGUGAAAGGGCAAGGUCACCUCCCGGGGGACAUCUGCAUAAGGAUAAGAGGCUGUGCAUCAGGGAAGAGGUGGAAGAAAAGAAAGGGAGGAACCAUUUGGAAAUAACUGAGGAUUCAAAGGGGGGGAACCUGUUAGCUACGGGAAAAGUGGCAGAGAGUCAUAGGGAAAUGUAUGGCCCCCAGAAAGACUCGAGUGGUAAGCAGAAAAGCUCCUUCUACAGCAAGCCAGGGCUCUUUAAACCUUAUGGAAGGUCUCAUUCAGCGGAGCGGUCAGUGGAGCAGAGCCUGAAGAAGAAAGUCAAAGCUUCUGUUGCCCAUAUUUCAAGAAUCCUAAAAGGAAAGAUAUCUCCAGAGCCAGAGUCAGAGGAAGAGUUUGGUGAGCUGGGAAGUGAGGCAGCAGAAAAAGAGCCCUUAGCAGGAGCUGAAGGAUCUCUGAAGUGGAAAUCAGGACUUCCUUCGUUCAAAUUACCAAGCCUCAUGCCAAAAGAGAAAGCACCUUCAUUUGUUGAGGAGCUCCUGGACCAGGCAGCUGCUGCAGGACAGUGCGUGACGCUGUCGUGCCGGACGACCCCGCAGUCCUCCCUGCACAUCCGCUGGUUCAGAGAUGGGAUGCCAGUCCACAGCAGCAGUCGGAUCCUCAUCUCGUCCACACUCAAGCACUUCCAGCUGUUAACUAUUCUCUCUGUCAGUGCUGAGGAUUUUGGCAUUUACACCUGUGUGGCCACCAGCUCCCUGGGCUCAGCAUCCACCUCCUGCGUUGUAAGGAAAGCAGAAGUUCCUCCCAGCCCUGCACCCCCUGACGUUGUGGAGGUCUAUGAGGAUGGAGCACAAGUGGUCUGGAAACCUGUGGAAACCAACACUUGUGUCCGUUACACUGUCCAGUGCAAGAGUAAAGAUGGGGAGUGGAAAACUCUUGCUGCUGACAUCGCUGACUGCUGCUACUAUGCCAAAAAUCUCUCCAGAGAUGUUACCUACUGCUUCAGGAUAGCCUGCACCAGCAAGGCAGGAAUGGGCCCUUACAGCAGCCCAUCUGCCGCAGUGAAAAUCAGCGGGAAGGAUCAAUUGGAAUUCCCUGCUGCAAUGCAGAAUUUCCCAACAGCUGAGGAAGAGAGUGAAAUAAUUGCACCACCCGAACCUUUCCCAACCUACCAGACCUACGCCUUCCAAACAGAGAUCAAAAGGGGGCGGUUCAGCAUCGUCCGACAGUGCAGGGAAAAAGUAAGCGGCAAGACUUUAGCUGCUAAAAUUAUCCCUUACUGGCAAGAGGACAAGCAGAGCGUGCUGCUGGAGUACCAGGUCCUCAGGAAGCUUCAUCACACCAACAUAGCUCAGCUGAAGGGAGCUUAUGUCAGCCCCCGGCACCUGGUGUUGAUCCAGGAGAUGUGUGUGGGACCAGAACUACUCCAUUCUUUGGCAUUAAGGACGUCAUACUCAGAGGUGGAGGUCCGAGAUUACCUGUGGCAGAUCCUCAGUGCAGUUGAGUACCUCCACGCACACAGCAUCUUGCAUUUGGAUCUCAGGUCUGAAAACAUGAUCAUCACUGAGCCCAACCUGCUGAAGCUCCUGGAUUUUGGCAAUGCACAGUUUUACACACAAGACAAGGUCAUUACCCUGGACAAAUGCAUGGAUUAUGUUGAAACCAUGGCUCCAGAACUGCUGACAGAGCAAGGAGCCCUCCCACAGACUGAUAUCUGGUCCAUUGGAAUCACUGCAUUCAUCAUGCUGAGCGCCACCUAUCCAGUCAGCUCUGAUGUGCCCUGCGAGUUCCUGAGAACCACCAGGAAGGGGAAGGUGAAGCUGACGCGGUGCUACGCGGGUCUCUCCGGAGGAGCAGUGUCAUUUCUCCAGAGCACCCUGUGUGCAAACCCCUGGGGAAGACCGUCAGCCUCCGAGUGCCUUCAGAGCCCGUGGCUCCAGGAGACGGGUUUGGACAACAGGCAGCAAGCGCUGGUUACCUUCCCCACCACCAAACUGAGAAAUUUCCUCACUGAUCGGGAAAAGAAAAGGGGUCUGCUGUGUUCCAAGUACGGCCUCAUGAUUGCACAGUGAAGGGGAUGUGGAGAUAGGCACGGAUCAUCUCCCCUUCUGCUCUGUGUUUGGUAGCAAACUGUUCUGUCGAGUUACUGCGCAUCAGCUGACCUGAGCUGACUCUGUUCUUCCUAAGUGCAAUUCAGCACAGCUAAGCAAAUGAACGCACUGCCACCUGGUAAGAGCUGAAAUGCAGUUAACGUGGCUCAGCUGACAGGUGGUAACUUGACAGUACUUGGGUGACUUGGCUCUGCACUUCCAGGAACAGGCAGGAAAGGUUUGCAGAGCCCCUUCUGAAUGGGACUAGCUGCUAGCCCUGAGCAGCUUAGCAAAUCUUGCCUGAAGUCAGUGUGCAAACACUGGCUAUUGACUUCUGCCCUGUCCCCAGGAUGCCAGCACCAUGCACUUUCAGGUGCUACUGGAUCGCUUAUCCCAUUGCUACAAGGACUGAGAGACUGGUGGGCUUCUUGCCUGCCUCCUGGGGUUGAAUUUGAUGGGCUGCAGUGGUUCCUUGCAAUGCCUACAGAUCUGUGAUUCUGUGAAAUCCCAAAGGAAAUGGAAAACAAUUAUAAAGGGAAAACAACUCUAAUACAAAAAGAGCUCCAAGGAGGUGAUAGCGGGAGUGGAGAAACAGAAAACAAGUCAGGAAGAUUCACUGUGGGAAAACAGUGCUUCCAGGGGCUGAUGCCAGGCAGCAAAAUACCCUACAGCUUUGGAUGUACAGAUCCAACUGGAUAAAAGCCCUGAGCAGCUCAGUGUGAGCAGGGGGUUGAACCAGAGACCUUGUGAGUCCCUCCCCACGAGACGUGUGCUGUGUUGCCAUGUUUGUGAUGUGUCCCAUGAUGUCUUUGCCUUGUGUCAGACACAGGGUUGGGCAACGGGACCCUGGUCACAUCCAUUGGUCAGGCUCAGCACAUUGCACUUGUAGCACAGGGUGAGUGCAGGGAUGGAAAAAGCACUGGGGCUUUCCAGUCACUGAUAAAUUGCACAUCUGUCCUACCCGAAUCCUCACAAAGCUGUAGCCUGCUCUCCCUGGGGCUCAAGUUAACCACCUGUCAUAGGGCCUACAUGCUCUCCGUGGGCACUUCCACUGCUGUUGCUGCAGAGCUGGUCAUGUUCCUCAAGGGGUUCGUGGUCUGUAGACACCACAACACUUUUUUUGGGGGGGGCAUGUGUAUUUGAAAUCUCCCAUUAGAACUAGAUGACUGGUUUACCCAUCACACAGGACUUCACAACAACCCCUCACCUGCCCCACUGCAUCUGCAUCAGUUUGUCUUCAGAUUCUUCAGGAAAGCCCAGGGCAUCCUGAACGCUGCAGUCCUUCAAGAUCUGCUGAGGACGGAUGGUGUUCGCUGUGUCGUUGCUUUGUAUCUAUAACCUCUGUGUUCCUUUGGGUUUCUCUGAUGUGAGUGAUGCAUUUCUGGGUGCAGUUGGGUUUCUUGAGCUUUCCCUACAUGCAGCAUUUAAGCACAGCCUUUCCUCAAGCCACGCCUCACUGUGUUCAGAGGGUCAAGGAUGGGAAAUCAGUUCCUACUAUGUUACAGUUCAAUGCUAGACAUGAUGUUGUUCAGCCAGUGGGGAUCUUUUCCAACAUAUUUAACCCAUGUUGCCACAGACCUGAAGCUUGUAGCACCCUGAUUGCUCCUCCUGCAUUGUGUGCGGAGCAAGCUGGGAGCAAAGCUGUUCCCACUGUGCUGUGCAGAGCAGACACUGAUUUGUCAGACUGCACAUCUUUGAAUAUUAAGGUCAUGCUUUCUUCACAGUGCAUUGGAGAAGAGACAAGCAAGGUCUUAGGGCCAGAUUUCAUGCUUGGUUCUCUUGGGUUUCAAGGAGUUAUGAAAGACAGCGCGAUGAGGUGUGGUGUAUGAACCUUUCAGGACCCAUAAGGUAUCUGUUGGCACAGUCUGGUUUUUCCUCUUACUGCUACGCUUUGGGAUGGACUGCUCUGUGGACAACCCAUCCAAGCAUAAACUUUAAUUGCAGAUUUACCCGUUUGGAGCUUUUACACUAUUCCUCAAAUUAAGUGAUUUUUGCUUCUCAUACUUGCAUGCGUUUGAGCAUGUCUGAAGUCUUUUAUAGACUCAAUAUUGUUUUGUUAAAUUAUCUAUUCUGACAAGGAAUUAAAACCAGAUAUUUUUGCUGAA